GCACGUAUUUCACUCCUCCCCUGACUGCAGUUGUCUCUCCUCUACUUUCAAGGCUAUUAGUGAGUGUCUAAUCAUCAGCUGAAGGUUUAAGAAAUAUGGCUGACAGGGUGCAGGCACUGCCAUACUUCUUUGGCAACAUCACGCGAGAGAAGGCAGAGGAGUACCUGAGACACGGUGGGGCAGGAGAUGGUCUGUACUUGCUUCGGCAAAGUCGCAGUUCCCUGGGCGGCUAUGCCCUCUCAGUGUCCUAUGGCCGGCAGUUCUACCACUACACCAUUGAGAGAGAGCUGAAUGACACACAUGCCAUCGCAGGGGGCAAGUCACACCGAACCCCAAUAGAUGUGAUCGAUUAUCACUCACAGGAGUCUGAUGGACUCAUCUGCCUGCUGAAGAGAUCUUUUAACCGGCCGCGUGGCACAGAGCCUAAAGUCGGCCCUUUUGAAGACCUGAAGGAGCAGCUUAUUAGGCAGUAUGUCAAACAAACCUGGAAGUUGCAGGGCUCAGCUCUCGAUCAGGCUAUCAUCAGCCAGAGGCCUCAGCUAGAGAAACUCAUUGCAACAACAGCUCAUGAAAAGAUGCCAUGGUUCCAUGGCAAGAUAGACCGGGAGGACUCAGAGCAGCGUUUACUCAGGAACCCACACAUCAAUGGAAAAUUCCUAAUAAGACAGAGAGAAACCAAUGGCAGAAUGGUGUCCUAUGCUCUCUGUCUGCUACAUAAUAACCAAGUCAUGCACUAUCGUAUUGAUAAGGAUAAGGCAGGCAAACUCUCCAUUCCUGAUGGCAAGAAGUUCGACACACUUUGGCAGCUUGUAGAACACUACUCUUACAAGCCAGACGGCCUGCUCAGAGUGCUUACCGAGUCCUGCCCGAGAUCAUCAAAUUCAGCGCAAGGUGCAACUGGUGGAUUACUCUCCAGAAUCAAAUCGUACUCCUUUCCCAAACCUGGCCAAAAAAAGGGUCAUCUUCCAAAUCCCUAUGACUUUGAUUUAAUCCACAGAAGUGACCUUCUUAACCCAGGUAACAUCUUUAACACUGAGGCUAUGCCAAUGGACACACAGGUGUAUGAAAGUCCAUACGCAGAUCCCGAAGAGCUUCGGUCAGCCACUGUGAAUCGAAUCAACCUGACUCUUGAAGAUGAAGAAUUGGGCUCAGGCAACUUUGGCACUGUGCGAAGAGGCGUCUACCAAAUGAGGAAGACACAAAAAGUGGUGGCGGUCAAGAUCCUGAAGAAUGAUGAUGAUAAUGCAGCUGUAAAGGAAGAGAUGUUGCGUGAAGCCAGCGUCAUGCAGCAGCUGGAUAAUCCAUACAUCGUUCGCAUGAUCGGCAUCUGUGAAGCUGAAAAUCUCAUGCUGGUCAUGGAGCUUGCUGAGCUGGGCCCAUUGCACAAGUUCCUGCAGAAGAACAAACAUAUCUCUGAGAAGAACAUUACUGAGCUGGUUCAUCAGGUCUCUAUGGGAAUGAAGUAUCUAGAAGAACACAACUUUGUUCACAGAGAUCUGGCUGCCAGGAAUGUCCUGUUAGUUACUCAGCACUAUGCCAAGAUCAGCGACUUUGGACUCUCAAAAGCCCUGACAGAGGAGGAGAACUAUUACAAGGCUAAAGGUCAUGGAAAAUGGCCGGUGAAAUGGUACGCCCCCGAGUGUAUGAAUUACUUCAAGUUCUCAUCUAAGAGUGACGUGUGGAGCUUCGGGGUCCUGAUGUGGGAGGCUUUUUCAUAUGGGCAGAAACCAUACAAGGGUAUGAAGGGAAAUGAUGUGAUUCAGAUGAUUGAGAGUGGAGAUAGGAUGGCCCCCCCACCCAACUGUCCAAUGGAGAUGUACGAUCUCAUGAAGAAAUGCUGGACGUACAAGGCAGAUGAAAGACCUGGAUUUUCUGUGGUUGAACCCAGAUUGAGACAUUACUAUUAUGACAUAGCUCAAUGAUGACCUUUCCCUAAGGACAUCCAAAAUAAUGCGAUACAUUUUUUGAAAACAG